AUGAUAGGAAUGAUCUCUACGGCGACGGGCCGUGGGUUGCAACUGCAACCUACGUCAGCUUUCUUGGCAACGUCUUGUACUAGUGUGAGACGAGGACCAGUUGCACCCAACAGCUUGGGUCGUCAUCCUCUAUUUUCAGCUCUGUUUUCGACAAAGUCGCGACCUACCAAACGACUGUUUCCCGAAGAACUCAACAUCAUUUACGAUUCCAAAUGCAAUGUGUGCAAACUGGAAAUUGAAUUCUUGCGACGUCGCGAUGCUCGCCUGUCAUCCGGCGGACAACAACAAUCCAAGCUGAGAUUUACCGAUUUGGAAGACGAACGGUAUGACUCUACCGAUCCGGCCAAUGGAGGCAUCAGCUACGAGCGAGGGAUGGCUUCGAUGCAUGCCGUCAAGAACGACGGGACGGUCGUCAAUGGAGUACCAGUCUUUGAAAUGGCGUAUCGUCAAGUCAACCUGGGGUGGUUGUUUGCCGUUACCAAAAUUUGGUGGGUCAAACGCGUUGCCGACUGGGCCUAUGGUAUUUUUGCCAAAUACCGGACACGUAUCACGCGAGGGAAGAGUCUCGAGACAUUGGUGGAGAGCUAUCGAGAAAAGAAAGUCUUGGAAGCAGCACAGCAGCAACAACUCAAGGACUGUGAACCUUGUAAAACUGUGGGGGUGACUAAAGGCAAGACAAAACGCAAGACAAAGACAAAACGAAGUAGCUAG